CGCCUACAGUCUGGCUUGAAGAAACGUCAAAAUUAUUAAUUCGCAUAUCGACUAGGUUAAAUUCGUAUGUACGGUUUGAAAGUGUCGAACUUGCCAUAAAGCAUAUUGUACGAAAAAGAGACUUUGCGGCCAAAUUUUGCAGCGAAAAGUUCGUGUUUUUUUAAGCAAACAAAAUAUGGUGUUUUAAUUUCGUGCAAAUAAUUAUCUACAAGUAGCAUUUAGCGAAGAACAAUAAGAUAAAAUAUUUUAUGAGACAUUAAGACGUUUGUCAAGCCAAAAAAUAGCUACUAUAAUUCCAUAUUGUAUAAAAAGUAAAUAACGGUUCGUGAGAAAAGCUAAAUAUAGCGUAAUAAGAAUUAAGAGAAUUAAGUGAAUUGUCACAGUGUACCUGAUAGCAACAUGGAGAAAUUGAAACUGCAUUUGAUAACAUUUUUGUGCUGCUUCGCGCUGAGUGUCUGCUUGCCAACACGCCCACCAGUGGGACCAAAAGGACGACAAUUUCCUCACGACUUCAUUUGGGGCAUCGGUACGUCAGCAUAUCAAAUUGAGGGUGGUUGGAAUGCAUCUGGCAAAGGAGAAUCAAUUUGGGAUCAUCUAACACACAAUUACCCGGAAAAAAUUACUGAUCAGUCAAAUGGGGAUGUUUCAUCGGACAGUUAUCAUCAGUGGCGUCGCGAUGUCCAAAUGGUGCGUGACCUAAAUGUACACGUGUACCGAUUUUCGAUCUCAUGGCCCCGCAUAAUGCCGGGCGGCUAUAUGAAUAAUGUCAGCAGUGAAGGUAUUCGCUACUACAGUGAUCUGAUUAACGAGCUUCUGCACUAUAAUAUUACACCAAUGGUCACAAUCUAUCACUGGGAUCUACCACAACGUUUACAAGAAUUGGGUGGCUGGACCAAUCCCGAAAUUAUACCAGUAUUUAAAGAUUAUGCGCGUCUAUUGUUCGAGAUGUAUGGCGAUCGUGUAAAGAUCUGGACAACGAUCAAUGAACCUUGGCAUAUAUGUGAAUUUGGCUAUGGUGUUGAUUAUAUGGCGCCCUCCAUUAAUUAUCCUGGAAUUCCGAACUAUUUGUGCGGACACAAUUUACUAAAGACACAUGCCGAAGUGGUGCAUAUGUAUCGUGACCAAUAUCAGGAACUACAGAAGGGUAAAAUCGGUAUGACUAUGGACACAUCGUAUAUGCAACCGAAAACGGAUUCGGACGAUGAUCGCGAAGCAUCUGAGCGUGCUUUGCAAUUCUAUAUAGGCUGGUUUGCUCAUCCGAUAUUCUCAAAAAGUGGCAACUAUCCGCAAGUCAUGAUUGAUCGUAUACGCAAUUUAAGCAAAGAACAAGGUUUCACUCGUUCACGUUUGCCGGAAUUCACACAGGAAGAAAUAAAUCGCAUACGCGGAACUGCGGAUUUCUUUGGCCUUAAUUCAUACACCACUAAACGAGUGACGAAGAACGAUCAUAACAAUACUGUUAAUUUUCCCACCCCAUCAUUCAGUCACGAUAUGGGCGUCGUCGAGGAUCAAGAUCCCAACUGGGACAGUUCGGGUUCGUCGUGGUUAAAGGUCGUUCCCAAAGGCAUGUACAAUUUACUCAUGUGGAUCAUGCGAGAAUAUGACAAUCCGCCUAUAAUUGUGACUGAAAAUGGCGUAAGCGACAAAGGUGGCCUUGAGGAUUACAAACGCGUUGAUUAUCUCAACGCCUAUCUAUCCGCCAUUUUGGAUGCAAUUGAAGAUGGUGCAAAUGUACAGGGAUACACUUAUUGGAGCUUGAUGGAUAGUUACGAGUGGAAAGUUGGCUAUACAGAAAAAUUCGGGCUCUACCACGUCGACUUCAAUCAUCCGAAUCGCACGCGUACGCCUAAGAUCGCCGCCAAGGUCUACGCGCAGAUAUGCAAGACGAACACGAUUGAUUGGAGCUAUCGGCCAACAUUGGAUGAAUACCAAAUUAACGCCAUGGCACAGUUACCCGAAUUUGAGGCCGUUGGCGGUUCUACAUCGAGUGCGAGUACUAUAUACAACACAUUAACCGGUCGAAGUUGGCAUAGCAUAACAUUACUUUUGUUAAUUGUAAAUUACUUACUACGAAUCUAAGCUUUCAUCUCAGUUAAUGUUGCCUUAAGGUGUGCUUUGUAAAUAAGAAGAAAUGUAUAUAGUAUUUAAUUCUCUCGUUAGUUAAUGGCUAAAGUAUUAUAUUAUUUAUAUUAAAAGAAGAUACCUAAUAAAACAUUUUAUACUAUUAAAAAUA